UAUAUGAUACAAAUACCACAUACCCACUGAAAUACCUAUUUUAUCUCAGUCUCUCUCCCCUUCCAUUGUGUAUUGCGUCAAGCCUCAGAAGACAGAGAAAAGGGAGCGUAUAUUGACUCGAACUCUCUCCACUUCUUCACAACCUUUGGCGCCAACAGACACAUCUCUUCCUUCCAUUUCUCUCUCAUUCUUACCCAUAUCUAUUUCUCUCUCAUUCUUCUCCCUCCACCCAAAUUGUUCUUCUUAAUCAAUAAUCAAUGUUUUACUCAUCGCAACCAGCACCAUGUGUCCUUGUUACUAGUAUUCUAUCAAGUUCCCAGGUUAUCUGAGUCUCCGGAAUCGAUCCCGUUCCAAACUGCCAUCUCACCAAUUUGUUCGUGGGUAUGCAAAGAGCACCAAGCCUCACUUCCGUGGCCUCUUCUUCUAUGCGUUCAAAGGUUGUAGAUUUGUGGAUUGAUUGGCAACUUUGUCUCUAUAUAAUUCAAGGUCUCAGGCUUCUCAAGAGUGGAUGUCAUUUACACUACACAUUAGAGCUAUGACAGCGAGGGUGUUACACAAUCAUUCUUACUGAAAACCAUUGCAACUGAAAGGUUGCCCUUUUUCUUAUGCUGCCUCAUUUUCAGUAUUAUGGAUAAAGAAUGGGUAUUUUUGCACCGGCGUAGUGAUGAAUAUUUGCUUGGCCUACGAGCUUUCAUCUCCCAUGCAGUGGCUGUUGCUGGGAUUGAUGGAAACAUCAAGUGUCCGUGUAAAGUUUGUGGUAAUAGACAUCAGAGAUCAGCUACAGAUGUUGAAGAUCAUCUACAGAUAAGUGGAAUGGAUGAUAUUUAUGCUAAUGGUAUCUGGGACAAGCAUGGCGAGACGGUGCCUAAUGUAACUGAUGAAAUUCACCAUAUGUUUCAGAAUGAGGAUAUGUCCAGCUUGUUGGCUGAUGCCUUUGGGAUGCAUGAUUAUAUGGCUGAACCUGAUGUUGUUGAUGAACAGUCCUCUCCUCCACAAGGGCCAACUCCCUAUGCUGCCAAGUUCUUCAAAAUGGUGGAGGAGGCCCAAACAGAAUUGUAUCCAGGUUGUGGGAAGUCAAAACUAUUAUUUUUGGUGCGUUUGUACCAGGUCAAAACUAUGUUUGGUAUGACUGAUUCAUGCUUGAAUGCAAUGUUGACCCUCAUAAAACAGUGGUUCCCAAAUGUGGAUUUGCCUGAAUCCAUUUACAAGGUGAAGAAGUUCAUUACUGAUUUGGGUUUGACAUAUGAAAAAAUUGAUGCUUGCCCGAAUUAUUGUAUGUUGUACUACAAAGAACAUGCCAAUGAUACGUCCUGCCAUGUCUGUGGAUCUUCUCGUUACAAGAGAGUUGCAGAUUCUGAGAAUCCAAGUCGUUCUCGAGUUCCUCAAAAGGUAUUACGGUACUUCCCAUUGGGCCCAAGACUUCAACGGCUUUACCUGUCACGAUAUACUUCUGAGUCCAUGAUUUGGCAUGUUGAACAUAGACUGAAAGAUGAUGUUUUGAGACACCCGGCAGAUUCCAAGGCAUGGGAGCAACUUGAUAGUAUUGACCCAACAUUUGGAAGUGAAGCACGCAAUGUUCGCCUUGGUUUGGCUAGUGAUGGUGUUAAUCCAUUUGGCACAAUGAGUCAAUCUCACAGUACUUGGCCAGUUGUAAUGUCAGUAUACAACCUUCCACCUUGGCUCUGCAUGAAGAAACCAUACCUUAUGUUGUCUUUGCUUAUUCCUGGCCCUACAAGCCCUGGUAAUAAUAUAGAUGUCUACCUUCGGUCUUUGGUGGAUGAGCUGAAAACUCUAUGGGAAGAAGGGAUACCAACCUAUGAUGCAUUUAAGAAGGAAGAAUUCAACAUGCAGGCUGCCGUUAUGUGGACCAUUAAUGACUUCCCAGCAUACGCUAUGCUUUCCGGUUGGAGUACUAAGGGAUAUAAAGCAUGCCCUCAUUGUGGCCAUAAUACCAAGUCUUAUUGAUGACCUAAUAGUCAAAAAUGUUGCUACCUAGGAAAACGAAGAUGGAUUCCAAUUCUGCAUAGGUUUAGGAGAUGGACAGUAGCAUUCGACGGCCACCAAGAACAUCAGUUACCCCCCAUUACCAUGACAGGUGCACAAUGUUUGCAAGAAUUAAGCAGUUUGAGAUUUCAGUUUGGCAAAAACAAAAAACAAUCAGAGAAAAACCCAAAGCAGAAGCGAUCAGCUGUGGAAAAGCCCUAUGAUGGACCGUGGAAAAGCCCUAUGAUGGACCGUGGAAAAAGCAAAGUAUAUUUUAUGAGCUGCCAUACUGGAAAGAUCUACUAUUGAGACACAAUCUUGAUGUGAUGCACAUCGAGAAAAAUGUCACGGACAGUGUGUUGGGGACCUUGUUGGCAAUUGAUGGAAAAAGCAAGGAUACCUAUAAUGCUCGUAUGGAUUGUGUGAAUCUUGGGAUUAAAAAAAAAAAUUGCAUCCAGAGAGUGAAGGGGCUAGACCUCCGAAGGCAGCCUCAACAUGAAGACUGAGAACAUGACCAUGAUUUGUGAAGUAUUGGCUUCAAGUAAGCUUCCUGAUGGAAUGGCCUCUAACAUUGCUAGAUGUGUUAGAGUUGGAGAGAGAAAGUUAAUAGGCCUUAAAAGCCAUGAUAGCCAUAUUAUAAUGCAGUAUUUGCUUCCCCUGGCUAUCCUGUAUGCUCUCCCUAAAUAUGUUGCAAGGAUCUUUAUAGAGUUAAGCUCAUUUUUUCGCAACUUGUGUACUAAGGUGGGAACUGUUGGCACUUUCAAUUCUUUGUCAAAACGGAUUGCAAUAGUCUUGUGAUUGUUAGAGCAUCUAAUGCCUCCAGCCUUUUUUGACGUCAUGGUUCACUUGCCAAUCCACCUAGCUGAUGAAGCUACCAUUGCUGGUCCAGUACAUUUCAUAUGGAUGUUCCCAAUUGAGAGGAACACUGAAGAAAUAUGUUCUAAACAAAGCUAGGCCUGAGGGCAGCAUUGCAGAAGGCUACAUUGUGGAAGAAUGCCUAUCAUUUUGCGGCAUGUAUCUUGGUGAUACCACAGUGGGACGUAUAAAUCGGCCGGGGGCGGAAUGCUGAUUCAACUGACAGUGGAAAACAUGUUGGGCUAUCUGUGUUUGCAAAUCCUGGAAGAUCACUUGAUAACUUUAAAUUAUUCCAGCUAGAUGAUGUGGAAUGGAAUAGGGCACAUCGUCAUGUCUUGGACAAUACACCUGAAGUUUGGCCAUAUAAACAGUGAGAUUAAUGUAUUUGAUAUAUCUGAAUUAGAUAUUUUGUGGUCAUUCGUCAAAAUUAUUUCCAUUCCAAGCUAUAUAUUUUUGUUAUCUGGAAGUUCAAUUUGGUAUAGUCCAGUGAAUUUUCAAAAUGAAUUUUAAAUUAGAUAAUUAUCAAAUGAUGUCCAGUAAUAGGCUUGCUUUUGGUACAGAGUUGUGGCUCUGUUGAAUAUUGUUCCAAUGUAUUGUAAAUAUGAGGAUAUGUAUUCAAGUGUUUCAAUUAGGGAAUGUACUACAAGAUGGGCUCCAAACAGCACGCAAACUUUUGGUCAUAAUGGUCUGUAAUGUUUGAUGUUAUUUCUAUCUAAAGUAGAAUUCCAAGUCUUAUACAUGCAUAUGAAUGAUAUUUUUGUUAUAGGACCAUGUACCUUCCUUAAUGUACUUUUUGAAUAGGGUUAUUCUAAUUCCUGGCUUGUUUAGUUCCAUAUUGGGUGAACGGAAGGCUUCGUCGAAGUGGAAUUAAGAAGGAUGAUUUUGGAUUCACCAUGGUAAACUUUGAACGGUUGCUACCACCUUCGGACACUUUGGUUUUUGGUGGACAAGCACAGCAGGUGUUUUAUGUGCAAGAUCCAAUUGAGAAAGAGUGGCAUAUUGCGGUGAAUACAACGCCUAGAGAUUACUUUGCUAUGGGGAUGACCACAAAUCAUGACCUAGUACCGCCACAAGAGUUGGACAAUUCAAUGAUGGAGGAUGAUGAAGUAGAGGGAAGAUGGGAUAUGACAGACAUUCCGAUAGCCGAAGAGCAGAUGUGAUCUGAAGGUGAACCAUGAAUUUCCAGUUUCUAGGUGCUUAUGUCUUGUAAAAUUAUGUCUCAUUUUGUGUGUAUUGAAUGAGCUUGAUUCAAUUUGUAGACAUCAAUUAGUUUCACCUUAUAUA